UCUGGAUCAUGUGAACUUGCUGUUAUCUGCGGCGCACCUGACCUGAGAAAAUAGGUACGCUCGUAAUCAGUCCUUCGUGACCCUUAGCGCUCAACUCGCCACUAAACUACCUCCCAUCGCCUUGGCGAGAAUAUGAGCACCGACUCUGGCGCGUCCUCCGCAGCUCCCAAGGGUAUCCGUAUGGUUCAUGCGGUAUAUCCAGGGCAGGACAAACUUUUCCGUGAUAUAGCAGUUUCUAGUGAAUUCCUCAAAGCGAACCAGAAGUACUUCGGCGUACAAUGUACCCAAUGUCAGGUGAAAAUGGAGAAACUUUUGAAAUGCUCAAAGUGUAAGAGCGUCUGGUAUUGUUCCAAGGAGUGCCAGAAGAAAAAUUGGUCCACCCACAAACCAACAUGUCAUGCAGAUGAGCGCUCCUCUGGGCUCUUCAAACUCGUACGAAUGUUCAGUGUAAAUCCAGUGCUUAUGGGGUAUCUCAAAACUGCCACCGUCUUCGAGUGUGGCCUACUUGACAACCGCCGAGUCGGUUUCGACACGCCGUUCUUAGCGCGCAUUGAAAUCGCCAUCGAGCCAAGUGAUGUUCUUAACUUUGGUGGAUUGUAUGUCAACGACCCAACUGUCGAGGAAAAGCUUGAAGGGAUGUUGCAAGUCAAUGCCAUCACUGCGUGGCAGAGCCCAAGCAUGCAAGCUCCGCUCACGCCAAAGCGACUCAACACAUGGCGUGAAGCCCGAGCAAGGUGUAAUGCAGAGGGUUUCGCCGAAGAUCCUGUCGGACUCGUAGAGUUCAUUGGUCAUAGGUGUACUGAAGACUCAGGGAACUCAAUGACUGCUGAAUUGCACAUCCCCAAUAUUACUCUUGCCGUCGCGAUGACACGCGCGCCCUUCACGUCUGUCUCUGCUAUUACGGGCAUUCGAACCGAGAAGCCCUUGAGCGCUGCGUCAUGCCUAGAGUUUAUCAACUCGCACAUUCGGGCGGAUAAGCAGAAUCAGUUGCGUUUACGGACUGAGAUGACAGAGCAAGACAAGGAAGUUAUUCGCGCUGCAGGUCGCAAUGAGGACACAUUUCCCGCUCGUAUUCUCAAAGAGAAGAUGCAAAGAGAACAGCUUUACGCUGGUUUCGUGCAAUUGACAAGAACAGUAGUUACCUAGGAAGACUGGCGCGAGUUACUAUGCAAGUCAGCCCUGUACCAUCAUACUUAGUAUCACACCGAUACCUUACUCAGAUUGGAUCUGCUCGAAAUCUUAUGUAGGACGUCUCUUGAAUUGAUCGCAUAAUCAGUCCAUCUUUGGACCAGGUCAUCGACCAGACAACAAACUCUGAACUCAGCAUCUAGAAUGUUUACGGUUAUCGACACAAGUAUAUCAUCGAGCUCUGAAGUUUGGUCAUCACAUAGACAUUGAUACAACAUCAAUCGAUUGUGUCGAACCAACGAGCCCUGAGUCGGAGUGGUUCUACAC